AGUUAUUCCAUUGACUUAAGCUCUAACUCCAGAAACUCUUCAGAUAAUGGUAAAAAGCAUAUAGAGCGUGAAACGGAUUCAGUUGUAUUGACACGCAGGCAGAAAGAAAUAGAUUAUGGAAAGAAUACUAUUGGGUAUGACAGAUACAUCGAGUUGGUGCCUAAAGAGAAACGUACACGAGAACAUCCGAGGACACCUCCAAAAUAUAUAAAAUACAGCAGAAGAGGCUGGGACGGCAUGAUAAGAUUGUAGCGGAAACAACUGCAUUCUUGGAAUCCUCCUAAGGAGGACCAGAUUAAGAGGCUGUCGUUUCAUUGAAUUACUGCUAAUCACAUUUUUCUUAAUUCAUAUAAUUAUUGCAUAUUUUUUCGUACUUUCUUGUUACAUACUACUUCGACAACGUCUAUAAUAUUAUACUUUAAAGCUUAAAUACAUUAAAUGUAGAAACAAUGAUUUUAAAAUAAUCGUUUCACGUUUUAGAUUUUUGUUUACAGUAUUUUAUAAUCAUUUAAAACAACUUUGCUCAUAACUUAUCAGUUUUACAUACUAUCACAUAUACAUAUAUAUUUUUGAAGCAAUAUUUUAUGCAGAUUAUUAUAAUCAUAUAAAUAUAGAGUCAGUCAAAAAGUUCGAUUUUUGCGUCAAAUUUUACUGCACUCAAUAAAAGCAAACUAUUCAUCAAUCAAGUAAUCACUUUUUCAUAUAAUCAUUAUUUAUGAUUAGUCAUUUUCUACGAAGUAGACAUUAUCAAUAUCGUUGCCUGUGUAUUACAUGUGGCAUCAUCAUGAAUAUUGAAAAUCGAACACAAUUUUUUGCCUAACUCGAUAUUUUGAGGCAAAUUGAAUUGAUAAUAUAUAAGUUAAAAAUGUUCGAAUGUUAACUUGUGAAGUUGUGCAAUGCUUUAGAUACAAGAUUUAAAUAUGGUAAUAAAUAAAAUGUAUGAAUGUCCAUAUAUACUUGAGAAUUAUAAUCUAAAAAAUAUACAAAACUAAAAAAUGAACUUUGUAUCUUCUUAAAAUUACUGUACUUUUUUAUUAUAUAAAUCAAUAUCAUCACA